CUGUUGACGACGGAGGCGAGAGUCUGCCUGGUCGAUAAACUGAAGAAGUCGAGUCAGUUCUUUACAAGUCAGCUUGAGCAGAAGAAGAAGAACCUCGUCCUUCUAGAAGCUUUGAGCGGUGCGCCAGGAGGGGGUGGGGUGGGGGAAGGCCGGGCUAGUUUUUGUGCCCCCGAAUGCAUCCUAUCACCAUUCAAUCGACAAGCGGUUUGUUUCUAGCUGCAUCAGCGACGUUCUAGGGUUUAAGGUUCGCCGGUCCUGUGCAAACUCAUCAAGCUCACCAUCUUGUCGCUACGAUCAAUCCCCGGAUCAAUAUACCCUCCGGAUUUUUAUCGCCAUUUGACCGUUUGAACGCGGCGUGGGAUUCAAGAGCGUGCAAUUUUCUUUGCCUGUUGCACCGGCGGUUGUCUGUGACGGGGAUUAGGUCGUGUGGUUGAGAUUUGGAGGUCGGGGGUUUCUUUGGAGCGUCAUGGUGUGACGCGGAAGUUCUUGAAGUGUGUGGUGUUCGCAGUAGGGUUUACGGGAGUGCAGGUGGCUUUAUUCAUUUUUGUUUGGGAGCUACGGAAAAAGUUAGUUCGAGGAGCAGGUGCCCGAGGCGGGACUGAUUGGUUUCUGGAUUUCUUAUUGCGUGAGGGUGAGAAGAAGCGGCGACCGCCAUGGCAGAGAAGCUCUUGGAUUUCACUCAGCCUCUUGAUGUCGGUCUUCUUGAUGCUACUGUAGCAGCAUUUUAUGGCACGGGCUCCAAAGAGGAGAGGGCUGCUGCUGAGAGGGUGUUGAGGCAAUUGCAAGAGCACCCAGAUACAUGGACUCGAGUGGUUACGAUUCUCCAGAAUUCUACAAUUCCAAAUACCAAGUUCUAUGCACUUCAGGUGCUGGAGGGAGUAAUUAAGUAUCGAUGGAAUGCUUUACCCGUAGAGCAACGAGAUGGCAUCAAGAACUAUAUAUCAGACCUUAUUGUGCAGCUCUCAAGCAAUGAAUCGUCAUUUCGGGCAGAACGGUUGUAUGUGAACAAACUAAAUAUCAUUCUUGUUCAGGUCUUAAAGCAUGAGUGGCCUGCACGAUGGCCGAGAUUCAUACCAGAUCUCGUUUCAGCUGCCAAGAGCAGUGAAACAUUGUGUGAGAACUGCAUGGUUAUAUUGAAACUGCUCAGUGAGGAAGUUUUUGAUUUCUCACAAGGGGAGUUAACUCAAAGUAAGAUCAAAGAAUUGAAGAAUUCUUUAAAUAGUGAAUUCCAGCUCAUUCAUGAACUAUGCCAAUAUGUUUUAUCAAUGUCUCAACAUCCUGAGCUUAUUCGAGCGACAUUGGCCACUCUACACGCUUUUCUAUCCUGGAUCCCACUUGGUUACAUCUUCGAGUCAGCGCUGCUGGAGACAUUGCUGAAGUUAUUCCCUGUUAUUAGCUAUCGUAACUUAGCAUUGCAAUGUCUAUCUGAGGUGGUUGCCCUCAGUUGUGGAGGCUACUUUGAUGCUCAAUUCGUGAAACUUUACACUAUUUUCAUGGUACAAUUGCAGGUUAUAUUACCUCCAGGCACCAAUGUACCAGAGUCUUAUGCAAGUGGUUCAGAUGAGGAUCAGGCGUUCAUACAAAACUUGGCAAUAUUUUUCACAUCGUUCUUGAAGUCACACAUUGGGGUGUUGGAGACAACUCCAGAGAAUCGAACUGCUUUGUUGAUGGGCUUGGAGUAUUUGAUCGGUAUCUCAUACGUAGAUGAUACGGAGGUUUUUAAGGUUUGCUUGGACUACUGGAAUUCACUCGUUUGCGAUCUCUUCCAGUCAGAGUGCAAUAUGGAAACUCCCGCUCCACCUAGUCCCUUGGGUCUCCAGGUUGGAGGAAUGUUGAAUGGGAUGGCCACGCUGCUUUCCCAUCGCAGAGCGUUGUAUUCGGGGCCAUUAUCGAAAUUAAGGCUGCUGAUGAUCAGUCGCAUGGCUAAGCCAGAGGAAGUUUUGAUAGUAGAAGAUGAAAAUGGCAACAUUGUACGGGAGACUAUGAAAGACAACGAUGUUCUUGUUCAGUAUAAGAUUAUGAGGGAGACCUUGAUUUAUUUGUCUCAUUUGGAUCAUGAGGAUACGGAGCAGCAGAUGCUUCGGAAACUCAGCAAGCAAUUAAAUGGUGAGGAAUGGGCUUGGAACAAUUUAAAUACACUCUGCUGGGCUAUAGGCUCCAUUUCAGGCUCUAUGGUUGAAGACCAGGAAAAUCGUUUUCUCGUCACUGUGAUUCGUGAUCUGCUCAACCUGUGUGAAAUCACAAAAGGCAAAGACAACAAAGCAGUGAUUGCCAGUAACAUUAUGUAUGUAGUGGGGCAGUACCCUCGGUUCUUGAGAGCUCACUGGAAGUUUUUGAAGACAGUAGUGAAUAAGCUGUUUGAGUUCAUGCACGAAACUCAUCCUGGUGUUCAGGAUAUGGCCUGUGAUACAUUUUUGAAGAUAGUUCAAAAGUGUAGAAGAAAGUUCGUUAUUCUUCAGGUCGGAGAGACGGAACCUUUUGUAUGCGAGCUUCUGAAGGGUUUACCUACGACUAUUCUGGAUCUGGAAGCCCAUCAAAUUCAUACAUUUUAUGAAGCGGUUGGAUUCAUGAUUCAAGCUGAAUCAGACCCUCAAAGACGGGAUGAAUAUCUGCAGAAACUCAUGGAACUUCCCAACCAGAGAUGGGUAGAAAUCAUCGGUCAAGCUCGUCAAAGCGUUGAGUACUUAAAAUCAGUGGAAGUCGUUCGAGCCGUACUUAAUAUUCUGCAGUUGAACACUAGUGUAGCCAGCUCCCUCGGCCAAGCCUUUCUAGCUCAAAUCUCAUUGAUUUACUUGGAUAUGCUAAAUGUUUAUAGAAUGUACAGUGAACUCAUAUCAAGUAGCAUUGCUGAAGGAGGACCCUUUGCAUCCAGGACUUCAUUUGUCAAGCUGUUGAGGUCCGUCAAGCGUGAAACACUAAAGUUGAUUGAAACAUUUGUGGACAAAGCUGAAGAUGUGGAACUGAUCGCUAAGAAUUUUGUGCCAGCUAUGAUGGAUCCCAUCUUGGGUGACUAUGCCCGCAACGUCUCUGACGCCCGCGAAUCUGAAGUUUUGUCCUUGUUUGCAACCAUCAUUGACAAGUUAAAGGGUGCCAUGAUUGAUGACGUUCCCAGAAUAUUUGAAGCUGUGUUUGCAUGCACUCUUGAGAUGAUUACCAAAAACUUUGAAGAUUACCCAGAGCAUCGGCUGAAGUUCUUUUCACUUUUGCGGGCGAUUGCAAGCCAUUGUUUCCGUGCUCUUUUCACUUUGUCUAGCCAGCAACUGAAAUUGGUGAUGGAUUCCAUAAUCUGGGCAUUCCGUCACACAGAACGCAACGUUGCUGAGACUGGGCUUAAUCUCCUCCUUGAAAUACUAACUAACUUCCAAGCGUCAGAAUUUUGUAAUCAGUUUCAUCAAACCUACUUUCUUACUAUUGAACAAGAACUAUUUGCUGUUUUGACUGACACCUUCCACAAGCCAGGAUUCAAACUGCAUGUGUUAAUUCUCCAGCACUUAUUCUGUCUGGUUGAUUCACAGGCUCUCACUCAACCACUUUGGGAUGUAGCAACAUUAGGUUCAACAGCAUUCCCAAAUAAUAUGGAAUUUGUUCGAGACUACACCAUCAAGCUUUUGGGGACGUCGUUUCCCAAUAUGACUCUACUUGAGGUGACAACAUUUGUAAAUGGGCUGUUUGAGACUCGAGAUGAAUUGGGAGCUUUCAAGAAUCAACUUCGUGACUUCUUGAUCCAAUCCAAGGAGUUUUCAGCUCAGGAUAACAAUGACCUGUAUGCUGAAGAAGCUGCUGUACAAAGAGAGGCAGAAAGAAGGCGAAUGCUUAGCAUUCCUGGAUUGGUUGCUCCAAGUGAACUGCAAGAUGAGAUGAUUGAUACAUAGGCAUAUUCCUUGACGAGCGUGAGACUUCAGAUUCUAGUUCUCGUCCAACCUCCUCUUGUUUAGUAUUUGUUAACUUCAACCCUUUCUGUUUGUGUGGAGCUGUGUUAUUGCACUUACAGUACCUUUUGCCUUGUGCGGGUUGGGCAUGGUAGGCUUGUGUGAUCUCAGGACUCGACUAAUGCAUGAUGGCAUGUUAAAAAGUGGAGGAUGAUCCUGGCCAGGUUGAAAGUAUCAUUAUCACACUAGGCUUACGAUGAUUAUUGGAAUUAUGUGUACCUUGUACACCUUUGUGGGCUCCAGAAAUGAGAGUGUUGUUCACUCCGCUCGGAGAAAAGAGACCAGAAUCUAAGAAAUUGGAAACCCAGGAGUCGGCCAUAUCCUACGUGUGAUACCUCUGGGUAGGGAGUUAGUUUGUGAGACACUCGUGCUGGUUCAGGCAAGUUGACCUGUGGAAAAACUGUUCUGCACUGUAUCUCGUGUGUCCUCAGUGGUUGAAGUAGGGCUGUCUCCUCCUUAUGUUCACCUUAGCCGGGAGACGGCGGAUCCUCUGAACAUUUUUGUGUAGUUCGAACCCAGUGCAUUUCAGUCACCGUUUUAUGCACUCGGUCACCGACCUGCCUGUGUAGCCAAUAUGGAAACAGUUUUCCUUCCCGUAGGCCCCACAUGUAGCUUCUGUAAACUCAAGUGUUCCCUUGUGAAAGGAAUUCUUGCGCACUUGUUAUGUUUAUAACAUACGCAAAACUUUUGUAAUCAACUUAUUUGUAUGAUACCAUCUGGUUUUUGAGAUUCAAGCAUUGA